AGCUUGCUAGCUGGCUUAGCUGCAAAAAAGUCAAGAAACAGUAAAUUUAGAAGAAAACUAAGCAAGUCAGACCAUGAUUUGAUACCAAAAUGUUCUGGUUCAUCAAUUGAACAGAUUAUACUAAAGCAAUACCUGUGAAUGUCCUCUACAAUCAUGAAGAAGAGUGGUAAUCACCUCCUUAAGCUGAAUUUUGUUCAGCUUUUUCUAUGCUUUCUUUGUUUCUGCAAUGCUAAUGAUCUUAAUAUCCGUUGCUCUGAUAUUGAGAAGAAAGCUCUCCUUGAUUUCAAAGAAAGUCUCACAGAUCCCUUUGGAAGGCUUUCUUCAUGGGUGGGUGAAGACUGCUGCCAAUGGCAUGGAAUAAGUUGCAAUAGUGAAACAGGACAAGUAACGAAGCUUGAUCUUCGAAACUCGUUGCAGACUAAUAAAGCAGCUCAGAAGAAGUCGGCCUUAAGGGGUAAGAUCAAUUCCUCCCUGCUUAACUUGAAGAAUUUAAGAUACUUAGACCUCAGUAUGAACAACUUUGAAGGCAGCCCUAUCCCACAGCUCAUAGGUUCCUUGAGAACUCUGAGCUAUUUAAAUCUUUCUUAUGCUGAAUUAGGUGGGACUAUUCCUCCCCACCUUGGAAACUUAUCGAAUUUGCAAUAUCUUGAUCUUCAUUCAUACUCAGAUUCAGGUUCCAAAUUUAAUGCCACUGACCUUCUAUGGUUAAGGGGCCUUCCUUCUUUGGAAUAUUUGGAUAUGGGAGGGGCUGAUCUCAGUGCUGUGACUGAUUGGUUGCAACAAGUUAACGUGCUUCCUUCUUUGUCAGAGUUAUACUUGUCCAGCUGCAAACUCCCCACCUUUCCUUUUUUCCUCCCAUUUGUUAACUUUACAUCCCUGGUAGCAGUUGAUAUGUCCAACAAUUUGUUUAAUUCUCCAAUGCCUAGGUGGAUCUUCAAUAUUACUGGCCUUAAAAGCUUUUUUCUUAGCUCUAACAAUCUCAUUGGUACCAUUCCUAGUGCUUUUGCCAAUAUGCAUUCUCUUCAACAUCUUGAUUUGUCCCAUCAAUUUUUGGAAGGUACAAUACCAGGAAUUUUAGGUAAUCUCUCAAACUUAAAAUCGCUGACAUUGGCAUUUAACAACCUCAGCGGCAAUCUGAUUGAAUUCGCAGAUGGUUUGUCAAAACAGAACAGCUUGGAAGUUUUAGAUUUGACACAGAACAGGUUUAGUGGUCAUUUGCCUGAUGCACUAGGAAACCUUACAAACUUGAGAUCUCUCGUCCUUAGGGGGAAUAUGUUCUGGGGUUCAAUUCCUGAGUCUAUCAGACUUUUCUCAUCUUUACAACAUUUAAGCCUAUUUGGCAAUCCAAUGAAUGGCAGUAUUCCAGAGAGUAUUGGGCAACUUUCACAGUUAGUUGUUUUGGAUUUCGGACAAACUGCUUGGAGGGGGACUAUAUCAGAGCAACAUUUCUCAAAU